CCCCCCCCUAGCCACUGACGCACUCCUCUUGAGAAAUUCGGCAAAAAGGCUUGAAUUUUCCUCUUCCUUUCUUGUUAAAUCACAAGAUUUGGGGCUUAGAAUCUUCCCUCUCAACCCAGAAAAUCCCGGUUCUGCUCUGCUCUUCUCCCAUGCCCGCCGCCUGCUGUGGGUUUGAAUUUCUGGGCAUUUUUCGGUCCGUGAGUUUCCUGCAGCUUGCCGCCGGCUUCUUCUUCCCCUGCUAGCUCCGGUUCUUGCUGGAAAAUUCUGGUAUGAUGGCCACUUCUUUAAGCCCUAAAUUAGCCCUUUAAUUGCUGCUUUGUGUGUGUCCGAAUUGUGCCGGAAAUGGGGAGGAAUUCCGGUAGUAUUUUAAAUGUGAUUUAAGCUUGAUUAUGUAGAAUUUAGCUUGAAUUAGCUGCUGUGAUGUUUUGUGUGAGAAAUCCCGGGUGUGAGUGUGGUUUUUGCCGAGCCAUUUUCUCCAUUUUUCUAUCCUGGGAGUUGGUAGCUUAAGUUUCCGAUUGUUUUGUCAGUUAGCAUUGAGAUUGAAUCUUCAAUUUAUGCGAGUGAGGUAAGUAAAUUAUGAUAACGCCCUUUGAUUUUAAAAGCAUGUUUUGAUUUGUUUUUGAAGUGGUGGCGGGACUAAACCCGUUUUACACAAGUAUGACUGAUUUGAAGUGAAAUGUUUUAUGCUUUUCAUUAAAUUGAGCAUGCCUACUUGAAAUUUAAGUGACUAUCCGGAUGAUCUGAAAGUGAUUGUGAAUUGUGAUUUUCUUGUUAACUUCUGCCUGUUUUGUCUUCGAUGUGGUCAUGUUAUUAGUGACCCCGCUAGUGGGGGAGGUUAUAAACGCUAGCACAUGUCGGCACAUGUCGAUAUGUUAUUCGUGACCCUGCUAGUGGGGGAGGUUAUAAACGCUAGCACAUGUCGGCACAUGUCGAUAUGUUAUUCGUGACCCUGCUAGUGGGGGAAGUUAUAAACGCUAGCACAUGUCGACAUGUUAUUGAUAGAACCGGUUCGUUGAGUGACCCUGCUUGUGGGGGUUAUACACCAGCAAAUAGUGACCCUGCUUGUGGGGAUUAUACACCAGCAAACAGUGACCCUGCUUGUGGGGAUUAUACACCAGCAAAUAGUGACCCUGCUUGUGGGGAUUAUACACCAGCAAACAGUGCGCUUGCCAGUGGGUGUUAGACGUUGGCCGUGACCUAUAGAGGAGACGUCUAUUUUGUUCCUGUACUGUAUCCGUUUUGCGUGAUUGCGCAUGUUGGAAGUGAAACCGAGGACGAGGAAACCACGGGAAGUGACGAGUUAGAAAGUUAGCCAUUUCGAGAUUGAUAUAGAUUUUAGAAAUAAAUCGUGAUUUUGUAAGCUAGAGUGUAUUUGGAGAUUUAUGAUAUCGGAGAAAUUUUAAAGAUUUGAUCUUCAGAUUUUGAUGGUGUUUGAUGGGUUGGAAGUUUAGAAAGUUUGGUACAGUAGCGUUAGAUUUACUUGUUUGUGGGUUAAAAACGUUGUGGGCUGUGUUUUCGUGUUUGGUUAGGUUCAGUUGUCUGUAACCGUGGGAUCCUGAGAAAAUGAAGAAGAAAUUGUGCAAGUCUCGGUUUUGUAAUUUGUGGUUGUUGGUCUUGGUGCAGAAAAUGAUGUUGGUGCUUUUUCUAUAAACACUAAAUACUGAG